CCGCCGAGGUUCAAGUGCGUGUCUGGGCUCCCAAGGAGGAGCGGACCCCAUUGUGUCUGCGAAGCCUGCUUCUCAGGAUCGAAUCCUAGUUCCCCGCUGCUUCUCAUCACAGAUGUAUUCCGGGGAGAGCGGGGGAGGGCUAAGGGUGCAAUUGCCUCACCGUGGAGUCUUUCAUAAUUAUUAUACUAUUUGUUCCCACAGACGAGCUGUUACUAUUGACAUUCUACAGGAGCCAGGGGUGUUGUUCAAGGUCACGCCGAGGGUAAGGGGAGGAGCCACAGGAGAACCCAGCCUCCCCCCCUCUCAGUCCAGGGCACCCCCUCUUCACCUUGACGCUCCCCACCGUCGCCAGGCUUUUCGGUGGCUGAGCUGCAGAAGAAACGUUGCCUGGGGAACUUGGCAGGUGUUUGUCACACAGACUGACAAGUGUGACGCCUCCUCUGCCCUUCGCUGUCCAGUUCAAGGUCGAGGUCUUUGCGAGCGUUCCGUGGUCUAUGACUGCAUUGCCGUAAACACCCUCCUCCUUGCUACCCAAGUGUCCGUGGAACCUUCCAGAAGGAGAACCAGCAAGUUUGUUUGGUUCCCUUGCACUCCUCCGGGAAAGGUGCCCUUGUCCCUGAUGUGUCCCCUGCCCUGAGCCGGGUCCAGCUGGGGGGGGGCCGCACAGGGAGAAAGGUCACAGCCCGAGGACUUUGGGGUCAAGUUCAGGACACCUUUGCAGGACUAAAGAGCAUCGAGGGCCUCCGAGGGCCUUGUGCCAAUCGGGGGGUCCAGGCCUUGAGCUGGGUCCUCGUGGGAAGGGAGCUCCCCAGGGGGGGCCUUCCUGCGGGUUACCCAGGGUUCCCCCCGCCAAGGCCCCGCCCUGACCACCCGCCACGAGGGCCCGACUGGAAGGUGACGUGGCCCCCUGGUUUUGCAGGGCGUGAGAGAGGGGAGACGCGGGUUCCGGGGUGUCUUGGCCAAUCCCCAGGCUUUCUCCAUUUUCUGACCAGCUCCAGGAACAGAACCAAAACGAAGCUGAACAAGGAAGCGGCGGCGCCGGGGAAAGCAGAAGUGGGAACGCCGGAGACCUGGGCCUCCCCGGAGGAGGGCCGGAGCCCCGGCCCACAGCCGCAGGUGGCUGCCAGGAGAGAUGGCCCGGCAGGACCCGGCUCCGUGGCUUCGGGCGGCCCUGCUGCUUCUCUGGGUCCCAGGCUGUUUGGCCCUGAGCGGCCCCCGCACCGUGAGGGGCACCGUGGGGGGAUCCCUGAGCGUGCAGUGUCGGUACAAGGAGGAGUUCAGAGGGAAUGAGAAAUACUGGUGUGGAAGGUCAUGUUCAAUACUGAGGAGGAACAAGAUCGUGGAGACCACGGGGCCAGAGAGAGAAGUGAGGGACGGCCGCGUGUCCAUCAGGGACCACCCAGCAAACCUCACCUUCACUGUGACCAUGGAGAACCUCACAGAGGCUGAUGGAGGCACAUACUGGUGUGGGAUUGAUGUACCAUGGCGCCAAGGAUUUGUGGACGACACGUUCGAGGUUGUGGUGACUGUGUCCCCAGGUGAGCCUCACGCCCCUCCCCUUGUCCCAGCCCCAGGCUGCCUGAAGAGUCUCAGGCGGGAACAGCGGAGGCAGGGAUCAGACCAGAGACCCGGAGCAAACUAUGAUUGUGAGUGCGUGUGUGUGAGAGAGAGAGAGAGUGUGUGUGUGUGUGUGUGUGUGUGUGUAGAGAGAGAGAAAGAGACAGUGAGAAAGGGACACUGGAGGGCUUCCUGGAGGAGCUGGCACCUGUGCUCAGUCUUGAAGGAUGGGAAGGUGCUUGUGGGUGAAGGGGAGGCUGAGAGAGAGCUGAGCAUGCAAAGGGGAGAGAGAGAGGGAGAGACGGUCCUGGGGAGACUGGCCAUCCCGGGGGAGCAUUUUGUGUGA